UGCCGAACUCUCGACACGCCUUCCAGCACCAAAUUUGGGAACCAAGGACCCCUGACCUCUACCGCAUGAUGCUUUGAACUGCCAGGCGAACGAUCGCGGGAAACAAGGGCAAAAACCAUGAGCGGCAGCACAAGGCAGGGAGGACCCAGGAGCAUAGACACUGGAAGACCUGGCUCUCCCGGGCAAUCAAUGCAGGCACCACGAGGUCCAGCUCUCAUAGACGCCUACAGACGAGAUGGGUCCAGCACGAUGCCGUCGCCUCGCGCGGACGGCCCCGUCCUGCUCGAUCUCAAAGACCCUCUCCAGGUGCACCUCAUGACGGAGACCGCCCUCUUCGACAGCAGGGAGUACCAGAUCCUAUCCGAGGAAGAAGUCGACCACCUCAAGAAGAUGAUCCAGACGACGAACCAGCGCAUCGAGCAGACACGCUCGAACCUCGCAGUCCAGACGAAAUACCGGGACGCGGCCGUGUCCAUGUCGAAACUAUACUCGCCCCCGCGGUCAGUCGGAGGUCGUGGCAGCCCUGUUGAUGUCAGGCAUAGCGCUUCCAGCCAGGAUGCGGAAGAGGCGGACGCAGAACGCAGGGCCGUACAACAGCGCUGCGAGGAGCUUGCCUCGGAGCUCUUUCUUCUGGAGAAGCGAGUCAUGGACGGACGGAGGAGAUUAUUGGAGCACACAGCCGGUAUACUCCAGUUGACGCAUUCAAAGUCUAAAAAGCCAGGCACCAAAGCACAGCUGGUCAAUGGAGUGCCGCCAAGCCCCGAGAGCAUGCACACGGCGACGCACGGCAGAAACAGCAUAGAGUUGGCGCCAGACGACUUUUUUCUGUUCAACGAGGGCAGCUUGUACCAGUCUUUCGACCAGCUCGAUGCCCUUGUCGAGGGAGCCGGAGGAAAGCCGAUUGAGCCGCCUGUGAGAUCGCCCAUCCGGGAGCAGCAGAGACAGCUCACUUUCGAAAGCGAGAGACUGCGCAGCGAAAAUGAUGACCUGCGCACCCAGAUGGAGCAGCUGAUACACGAGCUUGGCGCCAUCCGUGACGAGAGCGCCGACCAGUUUCAGCUCAUCACCAAUACAGAGCGGCAGCUCGAGGCGUUCAACAACCAGCUUCGCACCAUCUUGAACAAGACAGACCCCGAGCGUGGCUCGGGACUUGGCGCACCACCUUCAAACCAGGGCAAAAGGGGAUCUAUGCUCGAAAAUCACCUUCAGUACCUUGACGGCGGACUUUCCGCGCUCGACGAGGCAUCGAGCCACAACUCUGGCGCCGCCGACAAGAUGCGGCAGAUUAGUGCACAGGUCCAGCAGAUUCUUAGAGGCUCCGAUGCUAGCCACCCAGAUCCCCCCGAGUCUGCAGAAGGACUGGACGAGCAAGUCCAAUAUCUGCAGGAUUCUCUGCGUCGGGUACAGGGCGAGAUUGAGCGGGCAGCCAAUUCGUCACAAUCCACUUCCGCAGAUCGCCAAAAGUCAGAACAGUCUGAUGCGGUGUUGUCUGGCCUCUGGGACAUCAUCCAGUCUGGGCUGGCUGACGUUAGAGAAAAGAAGCAAGAACGGCGGAGAGACCGACAGGACAGAGGCCUGGAAGUUGAUGAGGAUGACAUGUCGGACGGCGAGUCCUUUGAUCCGAACGAGACAUAUUCGCUGCAGGCAUUCUCGAACAAGGUACAGUGGCUUUACUCUCGAGCCAUCAGUCUGCAGGAUCAGAAGGCGGUCCUCAAGCGGCAGAUCAAGCAGCAGCGCGAGCUCAACAGCAAGUCCGACUCUGAGAAGGAUGAGGCACUGCGGCAAAAAGCAGAGGAAGUUGAGGAGUCCAAGUCUGCUCAGCUCGUUGCCGAGAAGGAACUGGCUUCCGUGCGCAUGGAGCUCUCCCAGACUAUGGGCGAGCUUGACGACCUGCAGAAAUCACGCGGUGAGGAGUCUGACGCGAUCGACCAGGCGCGCACGAUCCUCAAGGAGCGCAAUGCCAGGAUCGCGUCCCUCGAGUCGUCAAGCAAGGAAGUGUCGACACGACUCGCACAGACAGAGGCCGAGCUCGAGCAGAUUGGGGCACAGCUGGACGAGGCGGAAGAGGCCAAGGCUGCAGCCGAGAAGGCUUUGAACGACAAGGAGGCCCAAAUGAAGGCCAAGGAGGCCGAGCUCGAGCAGAUGACCGGCCUGUAUGCGGAGCUUAAGUUGGAAGCGACAAUGGCACGGGCAGAGCUGGAGGCCGCGUACGGCUCGAGAUCUGAGCGCGCCGCCGAGAUUGCCGCGCUGCACGACACCUCCCAGAUCAGCAAGGUCCAGCAGCGCACGCAGACGCUCGAGCAGGAGCUCAAGGCCACGGCCAAGGACCUGGCGGACGUGGUGGCGCAGUCUCUCGAGGCCGAGAAGAAGAUUGGCACGCUCGAGGCGGACCUCGACCGCGCGCUCGCCGAAAAGUCCCGGCUCAAGGACGAGCUUGAGGCGGAGCUCUCGGAGACGAAGCAGCAGAUUGAGCAGAGGCUCGAAGCCGAGGUCGCGAGGCUGCAAAAGGACAGGCAGGAGCUCCAGGAGGCGCUCGACCAGGAACGCUUCAGAGCCAACGGUCCGCUGUCGCCUGGUGGUUCAAGGGGCACGAGCCACCUGACCGAGUCGUACCGGUCUGGUCUGCGGGCAGAGCGCAAGAAGUACGAGGAGCAGCUCAAGGCCGAGCAAGCGCUGCGUCGCAAGAUCGAGGACGAGCUCCGCGCGCUCAAGAAAGCACAGGGCCCUGGCAAGAGCCCGCUAUCGCCGCGGUAAGGCCCAGUUCAGUCUACUAGUAGUAGUACAUUACGGAAAACCCUACGUGCUCCACGACCACCGAUGUCGCGUCGUCACAGCCAGCCCCCGCCUACGCUGUGCUCAACCCACCAUCUGUUUAUAAUGAAUGCCAAUGUCUCUUGGGUGGUCUGUUUUGGGGUCGCGGUCCCCGUUCU